AUGGUCAAGCUCAUAACGCCCUCCUUUGCGCCGCGGCGGCCCUCGAGCUUCCUGCGCUACGCCGCCGUCGUCAUCUUCGUCGUCGCCCUCUUCUACUACUUCGACCCGCGAUACCCCAGAGUGCCGAUGACGCAUCUGCAAUCAGAGAAGCCCGAGCAGACGCCGCAGACUCCGAACCCAGUCCCACCACCUACCCAUGCCGACGGGUCCGAGAAGCCCAUUCCCCAGCCCGAGUCGACGCCCAUACUACCGCCCGUCCACGAUGACGCCGCCAAGCCCGCAGCGGGAGACUCCAGACCCCCCUCCGCCACCGCCGCCGCUGGCGGCUCGUCGAAGGAGCACCCCAUUGACACUCUGAUCAAGGAGGCCGACGAGACGUUUGAAAACAUGCUCAAGAAGGAGUCCAAGACGCUGACCGCCGCCGCCAAGGCCUACCGCGAGCGUCGCGGUCGCCACCCGCCGCCGGGCUUCGACGCCUGGUUCCAGUUCGCCCAGGACCGCAAGGCCGUCAUCGUCGAGGACUUCUUCGACCAGAUCUACCACGACCUGCAGCCCUUUUGGGGCGUCGAGGCCUCGCGCAUCCGCAAGGAGGCCGCCGAGUGGGAGAUGGUGAUCAAGGUGCGCAAGGGCCGCGCCACCCGCACGAGCGACUGGUUCUGGACCAUCCACUGGACCAACAUGAUCAAGACCAUUGAGAACCUGCUGCCCGACAUGGACAUCGCGCUGAACCCCAUGGACGAGCCGCGCAUGGUGGUGCCGUACGAGGACAUGGAGCAGUAUUUAAGGGACGCCGCCCUGACACAUAGCAUGCCGGAGCCGAAACAGGUCAUGAACACAUUCCAGGCGCUGCCUAGCAACAAGAAGGAACUCGACCGCAACGUCAAGGUCCUGAGCAAGCACUGGGACAAGGUUACGAUACUGGCUCAUUGCCCGCCGCGGCUGCCCCCCGACAGCCCGGCCCGGUUGGCCAAGACGCAAAGAGAGUUCAACAGCCCGCCGACGAUCUCGACGAAAUACGCCAAGGAGCACAUGCGCGACGGGUUCGUCUCCAACUACACGCUGUCGACGCAGCUGUGCCACCAGCCCGACCUACAGGGCCUCAACGGCAUCUUCAUCGAGCCCCUCAGCACGUCGGCGACGCCCGUGCUGUUCCCCAUGUUCGGCGGGUCCAAGCUGGCCGUCAACAACGAGAUCCUCCUGCCGGCGGCCAUGUACUGGACCGAGGAGGAGCGCUUCAGCGGCGGCGGGUACCACGGCGGGGCCUGGGCCGACAAGAAGGACUCGGUCAUCUGGCGCGGCGUCGCGACGGGCGGGCGCAACCGCGUCGACAACUGGCAGGGGUUUCAGCGGCACCGGUUCGUGGCCAUGAACAACGCGACCAAGGUCGCGGCCGCCGAGGGGGCACGGCGGACCCCCCUCGCGGCGCAGGCGGUGGGCGGGCUCGCCGACUGGAUCCGGUCGUGGGCCGACGUGGGCUUCACGGACCUCAUGUGCGAGCCCGAGGGCAAGGGCGGCACGUGCAACUACACGAGCCCGCACUUUAACCUCACCGAGAGCGUCAUGCUCACCGACAUGUACGACUCCAAGUACCUCCCGGACAUUGACGGCAACAGCUUCUCGGGCCGGUACCUCGCGUUCCUCGGCAGCACGAGCCUGCCCAUCAAGGCGACGCUGUGGCGCGAGUGGCACGACAGCCGGCUCGUGGCGUGGAAGCACUUUGUGCCGAUGGACAGCCGGUUCGGGGACUACUACGGCAUCAUGGAGUACUUUUUGGGGUACGGCGACGACAAGCCCGGGCACGACGCCGAGGCGGAGAAGAUCGCCAUGGCCGGCAAGGCGUGGGCCGAGAAGGCGCUGCGCAAGGAGGACAUGCAGAUCUACACGCUGCGGCUGCUCCUCGAGUACGCGCGCGUGACGGACGAGAGGAGGGAGAGGAUGGGGUGGGUGGACGACCUGCUGGCCGAGCAGACGUCGACAUGA